AUGGUGGACUUUGAAAGUCUUCUGGAACAUGGUUUCAAUGUCAAGGAGACGAUGCUGGUUCAAGGAUGGUCAAACUAUUUUGAGAGACUGAUUGGACCAGUUUAUCCUCACUUGGUAAUGGAUUUCUGGAAGCAUGCAACCGUUACUCCUACUGCUAUCAUCUCUUUUGUGCUAGGGCAUGAAAUUGUUAUAACGGAGAAGUUGAUAAGGAAACUUUAUAAUCUUGAUGAUUCAGAAGGAAUCACAUGCGCUGAGCCUGGUAGAGUUCCUUGGGAGAAAGUUGAUGAAGAACUGUCUGCCUUUAAAGCUUCACCAAAUCAAACUACAUUGUUGAAGCCGUUCUACAAAGUUUGGGCUGAAAUUAUUCUGGAGACUUUCUAUCAUAGAAAGAGAGCUAUCACUGCCAAGUAUGUGAGUCAGGAUCACAAGUAUGCUCUCUUCUGCAUUGGGAAAGGUAUUAAAGUCUCUCUCUCAUCUAUUCUAUUUCAACAUCUGAAAACGAAUGUUGAAGAAUCUAGAGAUGCGGAAUGCAAGAAGUUUCCCGAGUUCAAGAAGAACACUAUUCCUCUUGCUAGAAUGAUCUCAGAUAUUCUAGUAGAGAGUGAUUUGAUGAAUGCUCUAAGAGAUGUUGACACACCAAAGUUCUUUACUGUCCUUCAAGGACAUGUUCUGAAUGCGCUUGAUCUUAAAAGGAUACUGCUGAUUCCGGAGGUAACUUCUACUCCAAGAAUAGCUCCAGAUAUUUUGACCAGAAGAUCUCCUGUUGAGAACUUCUCACAGCUAUUCAAAGAAGAGCUACACAAGUCUGUUAAGCGCUACUUGAAGACAUGUGUUCUUGCUCAAUCUUAUGUUGAUCGUGCAUGGAUCAGAGGACGAACUCUUCCAUCGUUGGUUGAGUUAAAGAAGAAAGAACAGAAGAAGAAGGAAAAGAGAUUAAAAAGAAAAGCUUCAGAAGCAGAAUCAAAGGCAGCCAAGAAGCCAAAGCUAUCCUAUGAUCCUGACAAGGUUCAUUCCAAAGAGUAUCGAGAGAAGCGCAUUAGGGAUUCUCUUCGUGCCUUGAGAGUUGCUAGUUCUUUUGAGA